GGUGAAGAGAUGAACUUGGUGCUAAAUUGGAAGAAGUGCCAUUUUAUGGUACAAGAAGGGAUUGUACUCGAGCACAAGGUGUCUAAAGAUGGUUUGGAGGUGGAUAAGGCAAAAAUUGAGGCAAUUGAUAAACCGCCACCUCCAAUUUCUAAUAAAGGAGUCAGAAGCUUUUUGGGUCAUGGAAGUUUCUAUCUCAGAUUCAUUAAAGAUUUUUUUAAGAUUUCUACUCCCUUGUGCAGGUUGCUUGAGAAGGACCCUCCUUUCCAGUUUGAUGAUGAUUACUUGAAGGCUUAUGAGGAGCUGAAAAAGAGAUUGAUGACUGCACCAACUAUCACAACCCCGGAUCGAAAGGGGACUGAAAAUCAUGUGGUUGAUCACUUGUCGCGCUUGGAAACUCGCACGCAUGUUGAUGAAGAAGGUGAGAUCAAGGAAAGCUUUCCCGAUGAGAAGUUGUUAGCCAAUACGACUGGUGCAGCCCCAUGGUAUACUGACAAUGUGAACUUUAUUGUAAGUUGGGUGACGCCUCUAGAGUUGUUGCCGGAUGGUAAGAGAAGGUUCAUUCAUGAUGUUAGAUUUUAUCUAUGGGAUGAGUCAUUUUUGUUUAAGCAUUAUGUAGAUCAUUUGUUGCGCCGCUAUGUUCCUGAGGAGGAGAUGAAAGCAAUUUUGCAUGAUUGUCAUGUAUCGCCUUAA